ACAUGGGGCGGUGGCUGCGGAGUGCACUAAUCAUGUUCUUGCUAUUACCCAGUAAUGCACCAAAACUUAGCGGUCGCUACUUUACCGAGCGCCAUUUUGAUCGCGAAGUAAAACAUUAAAUGGAAUUGAUGAGGUUUCUGUCUGGUAAGACCCCGUUACAGUGCCAUUUAUUGGCCUUGCCACUGUUCUGCCAUGGUUACAUUUCCGAGUGAAGACUGUAAUAGUUUUGCUGCCAAUAAACUUGGAACACCAAUUGCAUAGCAGAGAUGGCCGACGAUCGAACAGAGGAUCCUACGUUGCUAAAUAAGUUGGAAGGGGUAACGAUAUUCGACAAGCCAUCGAGUGAAGUGAUUGGUCCAUCAGAGGUUAAAGAGCCGAUGGGACUUAAGGCACCACAGAAAGAAAUGUCUGGUUCAUCCCAGGUCAAAGAGCUGACAGAAGUAAACCUACGAGGCCAGUCACCGAUAGAAUUAAAGUUUCCAAGCGAGUUGAAUGACGCCCUUUCCGAAACACGGAGACUACAUGUUUUUGAUGAUCAUGUAUGGUUUGAUGUUAAAACUCGACAUGGGAACAUCGAUCGCUACCUAAAGCUUACACAUUUUACUAGAAUUAACAAGCAAAAGUCAAAGAUCGGCAUCGUUCCAUCGAUAUGUCAUAUACAGUGCCGGUGUACCGGCGGAUCCUGCCCUGGCAGAUACUGUUCUAGGCACCAAAUCCGCCGGCGGAUCCUGUUCUACUCCGGCGGAUUCAGUACCAAAAAAGGCCACUCUCUUCGAAAGAUAUCGUUCUUGCGCUAUCGCGAUAUCCUUCAUUCACAUACGUGCUUUUUAUAACUUAAUGGAAGUUUAUAAUAUAACAGUUAAGGAAGUGGAAAAGAUUUUUGUUCAGCCAAGGUUGUGCACAUUAGUUAGCAAAUUGAGAGAGUUUCAGUUUAAAUUAUUGUAUAGAAUAGUCUAUACGAACCAUCAUCUACAGAUUGAAACUUCGGAUGAAUGGGUUGUGUUCAUAUUGUAAUAUUUCAGAAGAAACAUAUAUCAACAUGUAUUUUUUAGUGUAAUAUAAUUAAAAGACUGUGGAAGAAAUGUGCUGAUAAAUUAAACUUACCGUUUCUUAAGAGAAUAACUUGGAAACAAAUUUAUAUUGGAAUAAAUGGAACUAAUGUAAAAACAGAACAAUUAUUAAACCACAAUAUAAUUUUGAUAAAAUUCAUGAUCUUCCAUGGUAGAGAAAAGGGGUUACCUCCAAAUGUAAAGGAAAUUAGAGAUAGAUUAAUUGAAGAUAGAAAAGAAGAGAAACUGCUUGCAACCGAAAGGGGAACUUUGGCAUUUCAUUUAAGAAAAUGGGAGCACUUUGACGAAUCAGCCUCGCAGUCUUCAACCACUUAGUAGGGUUUUUUUUUAUUUUUUAUUACCUUUAUUUUUCUUAUUCUUUAUUCGUCGUUUAUGGGGGUUGGGGGUGUUAAGCGAAACUAAGGUUUUUUUUAACGAUUUACGCACCCUUUGAAGGAAGGAAUGUGAAAUUGAGUCAAACGCUUUUUCAAAAUAGAUUGCAACUAGGUAUCCUGGUUUAUUAAUAUUUGAUGUAUGAGAAAUCAUAUCGUUUAUUAUUCUUACAGCAUCGCCAAUAUUCCUAUCAUUUAAGUAGCCAACUUGGUCGCCUGACACAAUAUUAUCCAAAACGGUCUUAAUUCUUUUCGAAAGUAUUUUGGUUAGGAUUUUAUAAUCUACAUUAAGCAAGGAGAUUGGUCUCUAAUUGCUAAUAAACAUCGGAUCUUAAAAAAAAUACGUGGAGGUGCCGUGACCGAGUAGUCAGGCGGCCUGAAAAUACAUAGAAAGUCCGGGGUUCGAUCCGCGGCACCUAUGCUCGUGAGCCUGGAGGCAUUUAAUCUGCAACACUCUUUUAUCUUGCUUUCAAAUAAAUGGAAAUGCUAUAUGCAUUAGUGGUAACUA